CAAAGAAAAGCUUCCCUUGCGUUUGUAUAAACCCUUCGACGAAGACGGACGGGGAAGAGGAAGAAGAAGAAGGAUAGCGAAGAAUCAGCAGCCAUGUUCAGGAACCAGUACGACACGGACGUCACGACAUGGAGUCCGACGGGUCGUCUCUUCCAAGUAGAGUACGCCAUGGAAGCAGUGAAGCAAGGUUCGGCCGCAAUCGGGCUGAGAUCUCGCUCCCAUGUUGUCCUCGCUUGCCUCAACAAGGCUCAAUCCGAGCUCUCUUCUCAUCAGAGGAAGAUCUUCAAGGUCGACGACCACAUCGGCGUCGCCAUCGCCGGUCUCACCGCCGACGGCCGUGUUCUGUCGCGUUACAUGAGAUCCGAGUGUAUCAACCACUCUUUCACCUACGAAUCUCCUCUUCCUGUCGGCCGUCUUGUUGUCCGCCUCGCCGAUAAGGCCCAGGUCUGUACCCAGCGGUCAUGGAAACGGCCUUAUGGUGUGGGUUUGCUGGUAGGUGGCUUGGACGAGUCCGGAGCCCAUCUCUACUACAACUGCCCGAGCGGAAACUACUUUGAGUACCAAGCAUUCGCUAUCGGGUCUCGUUCACAAGCUGCAAAAACAUACUUGGAACGUCGGUUCGAGAACUUCAUGGAUUCAUCCAGAGAAGAUUUGAUAAAAGAUGCUCUCUUGGCCAUAAGGGAAACACUGCAAGGAGAAACGCUGAAGAGCUCUGUUUGCACAAUCGCGGUUCUAGGAAAGGGUGAACCUUUCCAUUUCUUGGACCAGGAAACGUUGCAGAAGAUGAUUGACUCAUUCGAGAAGGUCGAGGAGCAAGAAGAAGAAGAAGCUGCUUCUGCUGCUGCUCCGGCUGCUGCCACGGAGGAAGAACAGGGCGGUGGUGGUUCGGGUGACCAAGAUGUGGCUCCAAUGGAACUGUGAGGUUGAGGGGGGAAAAUGAUGAAUAACAUCAUUUGAUGUUAGUUCUGGAUUUACUUUUUCGGAUAUUUUCUACAAAUCUGUUUCCAGAAAUGGCUGUGGAUUGUUCUCAAUGCUUAAGAUCUUCACGAGGCUGAAUCAUUUUGGCCUAUAAACUGAUCUCGUUGACAGUGUUUUCAGUCAAAAGCUUCCUCGUGUUCUGUUGUUCAGUGUAAAACCGAGUAUGAGAUCAUUUAUGUUAGGUCAAAUCUUGAGCAAUGGCUCGUGUUCUGUUC